AUGGCGAUGGCAGCGAGGCAGAGAAAAACGGCAGUUGCUACAUUCUUCGUGUAUGUCGUGUUUUUAGCGUGUUAUUUGCCACUGUCCAGUAUUUUUAUUACCCUUAUGUUUAAUCACUAUGAGUCUGUGUCAUGGUGGCAUUUGUUAUUUUACUCUUUAACACUGGCGUUUCUCAAUUCAUCCCUGAAUCCUCUGAUCUACUGCUGGAAAAUGAGAGAUGUUCGCCGCGCUGUUAUGGACAUACUUCGAAAUGCCAUUUCACGAUGCCUUCACUAUACGUAAACCGAGUGAACAGCUGCAGAGUGGCCCAGAAAUCAUCCCGAGUCAUCCUGAAAAAAUAUUUUGACACGCCGACUGGUCGAGCGUGGCAUCUCUUAUUUCUUUAGUAUUAUCCAGUCCAGUUUCACCCUUAAAGGUGUCAAUGUAUGUAGUUCUUGGUCUACCUCGAUUUGUAUGACAAUGUUGUGGUUCCAAGGGCAGCACUUUUGAAGUAGUAUCUUCAUUCAAAAUUUUUCCCUCUGAAAGUAUGGUCUCGUAUGAUGUUGGCGCCCUAUUUACCAGUGUCCUUGUGGAUAAAGCGGUUCAACAAAUCAGGAAUCGCCUUGAGAACGACGAGAGACUGGAAAAUCAUACCCUUGCUCGAGUUCUGCCUCACGCCCAUCUAUUUUCUGUACAAGGGAAAUUACUACUGACAAAGAGAAGGUGCGGGCACUAGGUCUCCAGUAUAUGUAGUGGUUGCCAACCUUUACAUGGAAGGGUUUGAGCAAGAGUGUCUUUCUUCCUACCCUGGUUCCACUCCCUGGGUGUGGCGCCAAAAUGUGAAUGAUACGUUUGUUAUCAUUAUCACAGCUGAGAUUGAACGUUUCGCUAGCUAGUCACAUUAAUCACGUGGAUCCAUGCAUCGGGUUCACUUAAGAAACUUUCAAAUGCCGCAAGGCUACAAACAGGCUACAAACGUUUACUAGAUUUUGUUAACCAUGGUGCAUGCAAUAAAAAAAAUACUACUAACUAAAGAGGAGAGAGAUCAGAAUUUUAUCAAUAAGUCUUUCAUACUGAAUGCACCAAGACUGGCGAAAAGAUUUACCGAUAUAACAACAGCAACAACAACACAAUAAUAAUCAUAAUAAUAAUAACAAUAAUAAUGAUAAGAAGAACAACACAGGCUAUUUGUUGAGAAAGACGAAAACUAGUAGUUUAUACUGUUGAGAAUAUAUAUAUUAAAAUACUUGUAAUUAAUUCAUAUCAAUAAAGUUCACGUGAAAAAGAACAAAUGUUUUGAAGAAUGGCAAAAAUAUACCAUUUCAUUAGGUUUUUUUAAUUUGUCGAGUCCAGAAAUUAAACUGUCUAAUAAGAUCACUCCAUUCGAAAGAUUCAGAGUGGGAGAGAAAGAACUCUCCUGAUCGUGACAGUCUAACCGUUUGGAACACAUGAUCGAUAGCUCGCUAACUGGCAUCAUAAUACUUUAAAAUACCAUAAUACAGAACCAGAAAGCAGGCGUCAAUAAUAUAGCUCCAAUAUGAAGCAAAGAGCUUCUUGCAACGAGAUUAGAAACUUAGAACCACAAUUUUUGACGAUACAAUGAAGUAUUAGUCGCUUGAUGUAAAACGGUGAGGAUGUCGCUUAUGUGCUUCGGUAGAGUAAAAAGGCGAUAGUUACUCCCUUUAUGAGACUCAUCCUCUUUAUAUAGAGAAGGGUGUAAAAAUGACGUUAAUAUCAGCUCUUGAAAUGGGUAUCGUCUAAAUAUUAUGAACGUGACAUCUCCAAACUGGCAGGAGAAUUACCUUAUUUACCCAGGCUGAAAGAGGGGUUGGUAAAGAGCGAGUCCAAAAAAGUAAUUAUAGUGACCAAUGAUGUACAAAAGAACAACAGCAUUAACAACGUUUAAUGCUCUUAACCUAUAACCCCUUAGAUAAAACCAAGUAACUAUACCAGAAUUAUUGUGGGGAAAAGGAAUAAGGGAUGAGGUACUCCAAAUAUGGACAGCAGGUCACUUUUCUCUACAUAUUGGUGUAACAGUCCGAAAUCUACAAGGGGACAGGUGAUAAUCCUCUCUAGGGGUGAUAAUCCCCCAGGAUUGUUAGAGAGGAUAAUCCUCUGUAGGGGGUGAUAAUCCCCCAGGUUAGAGAGAGGUGAUAAUUCUCUCUAGGGGUUGAUAAUCCCCCAAGGUUGUGAGUGGAGGUGAUAAUCGCCCUAGGGUACUGGAGAGGUGGAAGGACCUCUCUAGAUGUCUAAUUCCCCGGUUUAAGGAGUAAGAAGAGUCUAUGGGGCGGAUAUGACCUGUAUGGGAGCACUUCAUUCCGAACCCAUGUUUAUUAAUUGCCAACAACUCUCUCGAUACAGAUAUCAUCACUAAUUUAAGUUAGAAUCGCGUGCCUGCUGCCCGUCAGGAAAAAACCCUCAAUUAUUUUCGAGGGAAACCUGAACCCUCCCGAAAGCUUGAUAAUCAAAAUAAGGCCCAAAGUAACUAAGUGCACAAGCAUGUUGGGAUGUCUGGUAGAAUGAUUCCCCUCAGUAGAAAUCUCACCUCUUUUCUGCCAUAUCUUCUUGAUAAUUGCCAAUUGAUUCAAGGUGUAAACAACAAAGAUCAGUAGUUCUUAUGACUGCAAAACGUAUAAGCAGCUUCUUAAAUUUUAAGCAAGAGAAAAGACCUCAUAUAUAAAACCUUAAGAAAACCAGCAGAGAAAAUCAAGCAGUGGUAAGGGAGGGUGGGAUGGGAUUUUGUUCCACGAAGAGAAGAAUAUGAAGUGCUAUUUUGCUGAGCUUGGCGCGAAAAUAUAGGCAUCAACUGUUCAUGUGAUAGCUGGCAUCUAAUUGGCUGAGCGAAAAAAUUAGUGUGACUUGCAGGAAGUAACCCCUGAAAGGAAGUGAGCUGGUUCCAUUACUGGUAAAGGCGGGUUUAUGGCUGUCACGUUAACUUUAAUUUAUCCUGUUGUAUAAAUUAGCUGAAAAUAAAUAAAAAUACAAAAUUGUAAUCUUUCCACGAUUCUUAAACUACAAUGUGUUUUCUCUCACACAUUGUUUUUCCUGUUCGGUGGUUACGAGCGCUCUUUCAUAAUCAUGCAAGUUCCCCCACAAUUUCUGUUUUAAGGGAGGGAGAGAGGGAAAGUAUGCCCUUGUCAUUUAGCAACUUUUAACCGCCAAGAAAAACACAAUACAUACACACUUAAGUUUAUAUUUCUUGGUCCACAAUGUAAACUUCUGGGUCCACCUGAGUAAAUGUGACUUUGACACACAAGACAGCAUGAUUUGUUAACUACCUACCUAUUAACAUCCAAGCUGGUAAGUUUUUUUGUGGAUAAUGGUUACUUCUCUCAACUCCUCAGACUCGUCGUAAAUCGUAGUUUAUCAAAAGAUGUGCCUAUUUUUUGCUUGGAUCCAGCAAAAACGUUGGACUGGUCUCCGAACUGAUAGUUGGCUUUUCCUCUAAGCCAUUGUUAAACUCUUUCUUAGCGAUUCAUUGCAACCAGCUGCCGUUUCUACUUUAAUAUUGCGUCAGUUGUUUCAAUAUCUUCCUUUCUUACUGACGAACUCCAGCAGUUUACAAAGCUCGACCUGUCGUGUUUCGCUUAAAAUGAAAAUAUAUUCAUACUUGUGUGAUGAGGACGUCAUAUUCAAAUUCUAAAGUCCGGGAUCUGUUAAGACAUAUUUUUAAUUUCAAACAAAUGAAUAUGUCGGAUGCUAUGAGCACAACUUGGGGAUAUGUUGAUAUUGUUGUCGCUGAAGACUCAACAGUCCUCACUUUGACGCUGUAAUCCAACUCUAUUGCCUUCGGAGGAAGAAUAGUGGAACACUUAGAACUCUUAGGACUGUUCACCGGGGGGUCAGUCUCGAGAAUCUCAGUCUCAACCAAAAACUGAGAAAACACUCAUAUAACCUUUCAAAAGUUCUCUACAAAAACAAAAACUCACUGCACUUAACGUUCUUUACAAUGGCGGAGGCUGAAGGUUUGUAUCCGACACUUGUCGCUAACUCCGUCUUAAAUGCUUUCUUGUCUUACACCGCCACCGUGUUGAACAUUAUAACAAUACAAGCACUCAAAAAAGCUUCGUCGCUGGCAAGGCCUUUAAAAACACUGCUCCUUAGUCUGGCUGCCUCGGAUCUUGGUGUUGGCUGUCUUGUUCAACCAAUUUAUAUUGCAGUACUUGUGACGCUCAUAACUGAACCAAACACUGGCACUGGGUCUCAUGUUAUAUCCUCCUUAAUAAUAGCGUUCGUCGCCAUCUCUAAUUUAUUAGGCUCCGUUUCGUUCUUCGGUGUUUUCGCUUUAACCGUCGACAGAUUCUUGGCUAUUCAUCUUCAUCUCAGAUACCAGGCACUUGUCACUCACAAGCGUGUUGUUGCUGUGGUAACAUUGAUAUGGGUGUUUAGUGCAGCUUAUUUCUUCCUGUUUUUCAUUUCGAUAAACGUUCGUGUCAUUUUUUCCGCAACUACUGGAGCUUUAAGUUUUGCAACUACAGGAUUGCUUUAUUGUAAGAUAUAUGCAGCCGUAAGACAACACAGAAAUCAAAUAAACGCCCUGCAAGUACAGCAAGUAGUGCAAAAUGGAGAUAUGGCAAACGCAGCACGGCAGAGAAAAACUGCAGUUGCUACAUUCUACGUUUAUAUUGUGUUUUUAGUUUGCUAUUUGCCAUUUUGGUUUGUUUUCCCUGGUAUAAUUCUAUACUAUGAAUCUGUCUUAUGGAAGCACUUAUUGUGUUACUCUUUGACACUGGCGUUUCUCAAUUCAUCCCUGAAUCCUCUGAUCUACUGCUGGAAAAUGAGACGCGUUCGCCGCGCUGUUAUGGACAUACUUCGAAAUAGUCUUUCACGACGUCUUCACUAAUGGGAAGCGGGUGAAUAAAGUACUUACACACUUUAUCUGGGAAUCACGCCGCGUCAUCCCGACAAAAUCUUUCCACACGGCCUGAUCGAGCAUGGCAUCUCUUGUUUUUUUAGUAUUGUCCAGUCCAGUGACAGCCUUGGUGGUGUCAAUGUAUGUAGUUCUUGGUCUACCUCCAUUUUGGUAGCCUGGGAACAAAGACGUAGUUCCGGUUGUCGCUUUUCUCCCCCCUUUUUGAUGAUGUGCGCAACGAACGAUUUAUGGGCUUUGUAUUUUUCUUUAACCUCAAAUAUAGGUAUGAAAAUCUAAUUCAAAGUCACUUACGGCAGCGAGAGGCUUUAUCGUUGUCUCCUUUGUGUGAAAAUAAUAAUACAAUAAUAAUAAUAAUAAUAGUAAUAAUAAUAUUAUUAUCAUCGUCAUUAUUAAACAUGUAUUGCGCAUGUACCAUACAAAUAUAUUCAUAAGCGCAUUGAAAACAAAUAAGAUGUGUCAGUUAGGAUAAGAUAAGAAUAACAUAAAAGAGCACUUUGUGAGAGCUCUUUUAGAAAAUGUAAGAAUCUGAAUGUUUCUGAUCUCUACCCUAAGAUUGUUCCAAAGCUUAGGAGCUGCUGACUGAAACACUCGGUCGCCACCCGUUGCUAAGUAAGCACCGUUACUUGGCUGAUACUAACAGGGUCGCAUCCCAUUGACCUAAAACCAGUAUAUCUUGACUGUGCUGCGACAGCAAGAAGAUCAACCAGAUAUUAUAUUAAUGAGUCGCAGGACAAAAAAACAUACACUUCAUUGGAUAUUCGUGAAUGGGUAAUUUAACUGAAGGACACUUGAAAAGAACUAGUUAGUAUUUCAUGAUUUCUGCGAUUUUUGAGCAACGGAGGAGACGAUGUUUUAAACUGAAACAUAGCUCUAAACGAUCGCUCGAUUAGUCGUCAGUCGUGGAGGAUAGCGAGUUUUUAUUGUAGGCGAGUCUAUGCUUUUGCCAUAAUUUUUCAAUAAGAAUAUUUAACAACUAAAUAACUAGCUAAAUAAUAAUAAUGAAAAAAUCCUUGAACCCCCCAAAAAAAAAAAAAACAAAGAUAAAGAAAGGAAAAAGGAAAUUUUUUCCGCGAUUCUUAACUACUCUUGGCUAUUUGCUAUUUUGUUCACUAAACACCUCUUUGCGCUCAAUAAAUUUUCUUGGACUUUAUGGCACUAGAUUUUCAUAAUGACACCUUUAAUAAAUUGCUUAGCACCAAUUAGUUUGAAGCAAUUUUUGUCGGUUUUUAAGUCUUUUUUAAGUUUUUAAGUCCAAGUCAAUAUUGCGGUUUUGUUUUCAAACGUUUUUUCGAUUAUAGGACUUUAUAAUAGGUAGUUUUGUAUCCGCUUGCCUGAGUUUUAGAAAAUCUGCAGAGCAACGGUUUAUUUUUUUAGCUUUUCGUCUGACACUUGUCAUACCCUCGAUAACUCCAAUUGCGUCAGUACACUACCUUUUAAUAAGUUUGAACGUUUGGAAGCUUAUUAAUUAUUAAGCUCAAUCGACUAUUCUUAUCAAAAGAAAGUUAUACCUAAAUUUGAAUGUGUUACAUAGUGGCUACAUUAAUUUUUUUGGAAGUUUUACGAUGAGGGAAUUCUUGGGGUUCAAAACACUUUAUAUUUAAGAUUGUCUAGGCGGUGGACAAUUGCAAGCCUGAUUAGGUACGAAAGUGGACAAGGUCGCUUGGUCUUUCAAUAAUUUAAGGAAGAAUUUGAAUCACAUUCUGAACUUCUCGGGAGACACAGAUCAGGUAACUUGGCAAAGGGAAGAGCGUCUGCCUGUCAAAAGACUCUAACAGUUCUUUAAAGGAACAGUCUAUACAACGACAGAACCUAAAGACGCCUUUUCAACAUCCUACAGAAUGGCAGGAACUGGAGACUUUUAUUCAACGCUAGUCGCCAACUGCUUCUUCAACGCUUUCUUGCUUUUCACAGCCUUGGUUUUAAACAUCAUAACAAUACAAGCCCUAAGAAAAAUAUCAUCGUUUCCAAAACCUUUAAAAACAUUACUCCUAAGUCUCGCUGUUUCUGAUCUUGGUGUUGGUUUGCUUGUCCAUCCUGUCUAUAUUUUGCUUCUCGUAAUGAACAUAGAACAGAACACUAACAAUAGAAUUUUUAUUAUGGUAUACAAAGCAUACCUUAUUUCUAGUCAUUUAUUGUGUACUGCUUCAUUCUUGAGCAUUAUUGCUUUAACUGUCGACAGAUUCUUAGCUAUUCAUCUUCAUCUCAGAUACCAGGAAUUUGUGACUCACAAGCGCGUUGUUGCUGUAGUAAUUUCAGUCUGGGUGUGGUGUUCAUGUAUUUCCUUGUUUGUGUUGAACAGUGUUUUAGAAAACGUUCUGGCCAUUAUAACUGUAACUAUUGGGACAGUUUGUCUCACUACAACGGAUUCAUUUACUGCAAGAUAUACUCAAUCGUACGUCACCACAAAAAUCAGAUUCACGCUCUGCAAUUGCAACCCGUAGGAUAGAAUCAGAAUGUAGAAUUGGCAAAUGCUGCAAGACUGAAAAAAACUCUACUUGCUACAUUUUACGUGUAUGUGGUGUUUGUGGUUUGUUUUUUGCCCUUCAUAUGCGUUGACGCAGCUUAUCAAAUUUAUGGUGAGUCCGAGUUGCGGUUGCAUCUGCUUUAUUAUUCGAAGACACUUGUGUAUCUUAAUUCAUCUCUCAAUCCUUUGGUCUACUGCUGGAAGAUGCGAAACAUUCGACAAGCUGUUAUCAGUGUACUUCGCAAUAUAUUUCAAGGUCAGUAAAGUUCCAUUCGAACCGCUUCGCCAAUGAGACCCUUUGUGCCCCACAAAAAAAAAAAUGGAAAUUUCAUAUUACCAACAUGAACUUUAACUAACAGAUGAAUAAUGAAUAAUGAUUUAGAGGUAGCACAUUUACGUAGUGGUUCUUCGUCUACCAUUCCUAGUGGAGUUGGAAUUUAGAAAUGAGUACUCCGAGAAAAACCUCUCGGGGGCAAAGAAAGAACAACGUCAAACUCAAACCACAUUUGGCGUCGACGGAGGGAUUUGAACCUGGGCCACGAUAGUGGAAGGCGAGUGCUCUCACUACUGCUUCACCCUUGCUCCCCAAUCGUAUUAGCCUAUGAAUGAUCGAUCGAGUGCGGUUCACAAAUACCCGUCAGAACAUUUCCGGGGCCCUUGUUCGAUCGUGGUCUUAGCAAUCAUGACGCCCACGCACCAACAAAAACUGGUAUAGUUAGCAGAUUUUCAGUCCUCUGGUUGACAUCAUAUGAUGCCUAUAUAUUUAGUAGCAAGUUACCAGUGCUUUUGUGUGUUCACCCUCUUAUCUCCCAAGUUUAUGAAACUAAAGUUAACUAAGGCAUUAAAUAUCAGCCCACCAUUACUACAUAGCAAUUCGAUGAAUAAUCACGCUUAGAAAAGUAAGGGCUUACUUCAGGCUGGGCAGAUAUACACAGGGCUUUCCACAAGUUGCUCGAGAUUUUCCAAAACGUUAAUUUCCCGUAAUUUUUCAAAAAGUUGCUUUUUGUAAUGAAAGUUGCUCAGAAGUUGCUCGAAAGCCUUAAUGGCACAGUUCACGCAGUUUCUUAACUGAAGAUAUACGCGCCAAUGCCGUCUACUUUUGUUGCUUUCAGCUUUCUUCAGGUCGCUUGAUGAUUUGAUCUGUACUGGUUGGCAAUUUCUCCGCCUUUUUACGGAUGUGUAGGGUCCUCAGGCUGAAAAGUAUGGAGGGAGGGGUAAGAGCAAGUUCAAACUGAUAAAGAAUCAUAAUAACCUACUAUGCGUAACAGAACAACGCCGUUAACAACAAAGAAAUAAAUGAAAAAUUUUGGAAAAUCCUUACUUUUUCACCAUUCUUAAGCUAAAAGCGAUCCAUGUAUUCUUCUCUGCCUACAUAUUGGUUUUCCAUGUUAAGUAGUUAAAAGGAAAAGUUUCUUCUUGUUUAUUUACUACGCAUUAAUUUGUGAGCAAUGAUAAACUUUCUGUAAUAUUAAACUGAAGAAACUGGUAUUAGUAUGACUUAGGCUUUGUUUAGCAGCCUCUGAUGAAUCAAUUAUUACGAACUACCGAGUUUUAUUUACUAAAUUAAUAAAAGUAUAGUAUAUUGCCUUUAACAGGCUUUCAAAAAAAAUGGAAUCAUUAGUUUCCAAGUUGAUUGUAGUUAAAGGCUUUUAUUGCUUUUUUGCAACAUGAUCACUUAUCGAAUUGUCACGUCAGUGAUGGCUGGUCUCAUAAAGUUGGGACUGCAAGUGAAAUUUUAAACAUUCUGGCCCCGGUUGUUCAAAAGUUGGAUAACGCUAUCUACCGGAUGAAUCGCUAUCCAGCGGAUAAACAUUACGAAAACCAAUAUGCGCUAUCCUUUGGAUAGUAAUUUAUCCAGUGGAUAGCGCUAUCCACCUUUCCAACAACUGGCGCCUGAUCAUUUGCAACUUAUUAAACUUUGACACAUAUGACAGCAUGAUUUAUUAACUAACAAGAACACUCUUAAAAGCAGCAUCUCUCGCUUGCUUGGAGAUUAGAUAAGAAAUGAGGAGGCGAUUAAUUCUACAAGAAGGAUUUCUUUGCUAAAAGUUUUUCACUUCCCACUUUAUCGACGGUCGAGUAUUCUUCAGAAUAUUUACUUCUUACAUCGUAUUCGACGAUGAUUGAAUACGCGUGUACAAAUACAAAUCAUUGCCGGAAAGUAAAAACGUGAUGAAUAUGGCGCCUCAUUUCAAUCAUCGCCCAAAAUAAACCGCAUGCUCAUCAUAAGACUCAUUUACAUACAAUGAAAGUUUUCGACACCCGACCACUUUAUAGUCUUACCAUCGACGUUUUCACUGAAGCAUUCACUUGUUCCAAAGUUAUCAACGCUUUCAAGCGAUCCUAUAGAAUUCGUGGACGGCCCCGUUCCGGAAAAGCUCGACAACUCUGGGUCAAUCUUUCCUAAGCUUUCUUCACAAAAUAGAACAUGGUGCUAUGACACGUAGCAAUUCUUAUCCCCACUUUUCACGAUCUCCGCUAGUAACGCCUGGGACCAUGCCAUUUCCCUUUUGGCGCGCACACUAGCGAGACUAACUACCUACUGUGCCGCUCUAUGUUUUAAAAGCUGAGCAGAGGACUCGUCGUAAGUCGUAGUUACUCAAAACAUGUGUGUAUGUUUCGCUUGAGUCCAGCAAACAUUUAGGAUUGGUCUCAGACCUAAUAGUCCGCAUUUCCUCUAACCCAUCGAUAAACUCUUUUCUGUUUGACUUUGUGUUUACGAUUCACCGCAAAGCAGCUGCCAUUUCUACUUUGAUAUCGCGUCAAUAGUUUCGAAUAACUUACCUCCAUUUAACUGACGAACUUGAUCCAACCAGUAAAACUAGCUAACAAAACGAAAAAACCUGCACUAGCCACUAUAGCCAAAUGUCCAUGAUAAUGACAGUUUGAUGAAUGGUACAUCAUGAUGCUAGAAAUAUGUACAGUAUACUAUUACAGCACAAAGGAAAUGAAGUAAACCCCCAAAUUAAAACGUAUCGUGAUAAUUUUUCUUUUUAAAUUAAAUUAAAGAACAAUACAAGAACAUUUUUAGCCUAAAAUCGGAAGGAAAAAUAAGAACAUUCAGCCUGGGCCCGGAAAACAACAUUCUUGUAAAAAGAAACGAUGUGUUUUAAACUGAAUUCGAAGAAACUGGAGCUAAUACGACUUACAUCUUAUUAGCUGCCCUAAAGUUAUUAAAGGAUAGCGUAUUGUUCAUUUUGAAUAAAUCUUCAUAGUUUCCAAGUUGAUUGUUUUUGUAUUCGAUUGCAGUUUAAGGCAUAAUAUUGCUUUUUGCGACACGGUUGCUCAUCAGAUUGCCAUGUCAUGUAUAAACAGGUAUUCUGAUCAUUUGCAAUUGAUGAAAGUUUCCCACAUAUUAAGGAACUAGGGUGCCGUGUAUUAACCGCCUCAGACUCUUUAGGUCGCGUGUGACCAUGUAGUUUAUCAAAGAUAUGUACAGGUCCGUUGCCGGAUUGGCUUGCGACGUAAAAGUCCGUUUUUCCCUCAAGUCAUCGCUCAACUGUGUUUGUUUGACUGUAUAUUUUUGAUUCAUUGAAAACCUACCGCCGAUGCUAAUUAAAUUUUGCGUCAGUUACUGUAGUUUCAUUUAACUUUCCUCCUUUUUGACUGACAAACUUCAACACUUACAAAGUUCGGCCUAUCGCGUUUCGCUUAAAAGGAAAACAUAUUCAAAUUACUGAGCGAUGAUGACGUCACAUUUAAAUUUUUUAAAAAUUCCGUGUUCAGACAAGCACAGUUUUAAUUUCAAUUAGGGUGAGUUUGUAUAUUAUAAGUACGAGUUGGAGACUUUUUUUACUAUUGUCGCGGAAGACUGAACAGCACUCAGUUAAAAACCAAUUGCGAUCGGAGGAGGAAGAGAAUCUGUGGAGAAUAUUCGGUAAGUCUCGUAAAGAAUUAUUUCCAGCAUCAGUGUCUUCUUGCAGAGUUCCUCAAAAGUUCUACACAGCUGCUGAAACUUAAGACUGUCUAAAACGUUCUAUUCAAGGUUAGUCUCAUUCGAAAACGGAUGAUUCCUCCAAAGCAAUGAAGUUCCUUUGCAUUGUUAUACUAGAAACUGAACACUGAUCAGGGUCCUUUGCAAAAAUGGCAAGUGCUAAAGGCGUGCAUUUGACACUUGUUAAUUGCGUCUUCAACGCUUUCUUGUGUUUAACCACCAUCAUGUUAAAUAUCAUAACAAUACAAGCGCUCAGAAAAACGUCGUCGUUGCCUAAGCCUUUUGAAACAUUGCUUCUAAGCCUGGCUGUGUCUGAUCUGGGUGAGGGCUUACUAGUCCAACCUCUGUACGUUGCAAUUCUUGUGAUGAACAUAGAAGAGAACUCUAACAACACUGCUUAUUAUUCAGUAUACAAAGCGUAUUUAAUCCAGAAAAAGUAUUGGUCUUGGCUUCGCAUCUUGAGGUUUUUGCAUUAACGUUUGAGUUUGACUGUGUAUUUACGAUUCACUGCAAAGCAGCUGCCGUUUCUACUUUAAUAUUACGUCAAAAUUUUCAAACAACUUUUUACCAUUUGGCCGACAAACUUCAACUCUUACAAAGCAUGACCUAUCGCGUGUCGGUUAAAAGAAAAAUGAACUCAAAUUUCUGUGGUAAAACUAGUUAAUAAAAAAAUAUCAUGAUAAAUUCUUUCUUUUUUAAAUAUAAUUAUUUAGGAAUAAUACAAGAGUAUUUUCAGCCUAAAAUAGGCAGAAAAAAAGCAAUAUUCAGCCUAGGCCAGGAAAACAACAUUGUUAUCAGUAAAAAAGAAAGAGGGUGUAUCAAACUGAAGAAACUGGAGUUAAAGUUAAUAAAGGAUAGUGUAUUGUUUUUGACUACAUUUUCAUAGUUUCCAAGUCGAUUGAACUUUAAGGCACAUUUUGCUUUUUGCAACUCGAUUACUCAUCAAACUGUCCUGUCAUGAUACGUAAAUAUUCCGAUCAUUUGCGAUUAAACUUUGACACAUAUUAAGGACCGGAUUAUCUAUUAAGUAACUAGGCUACUGUGUCUUUGUUUUAUGCGCGCCAUAUAAGUUUUUGUUAUGGGUUAAAAGUUUUUUUCUUUAUCCUCCGCACACUUUUGGGUCGCGCGUGACCACGUAGUUUAUCAAUGAAAAAAUGUGUGCAUGAGUCCAGGAAAUACAUUAGAUCGGUUUGCGACUCAAAAGUCUGUUUUCUCCUCAAGGAUCGCUAACUCUUUCUGUUUAACUGUGUAUUUUGUGAUUCAUAGGAAACCAACUGCCGUUUCCAUUUUAAUAAUGCGUCAGUAGUUCCAAACAACUUUCUUCCAUUUGACUGACGAACAAAGCUAUACCUAUCGCAUUUCAGUUAAAAUGAAAAUAUAUUCAAAUUGCUGUAUGAUGAUGUGAUGAAAAUACAACAAAACACUGAAAGCAUUACUUAUGUUACAGUACACAAAGCGUUUUUGACCCAGAAAAAAAUAUUGGUCUUAGCUUCGCAUUUUGGUGUUAUUUCAUUAAGUGUUGACAGAAUCUUGGCAAUCCAUCUUCAUCUCAGAUAUCACUGAGGAGCUUGUGACUCACAAGCGUGUUGCUAUCAGUUGUGUUCGACUUUGGAUUCUUCUUUUAUGUCACCAAUCAUGGUAGUUGUUUGUGUCAUAAGUACAGGAUUGCUUUAUUGCAAAGUGUACGCAGCCGUAAGACACCACACAGGUACAAGUGGCACAGAAUGGAGAUAUGGCAAACGCUGUAAGGCGAGUCAAAAAAUCUACACUUGCUACAUUUUACAUAUAUGCGGUGUUUUUAGUUUGCUAUUUGCCAAUAUCUUGUGUUGUUUUUGCCAAGACCAAAGGUGA